CGCCGCCGCGAGGCGUCUCUCCGAGGCCCCGCCCCCUACGGUGACGUCACCGCCGCUCGCCCUGCGGGGGGCGCCGCCAUGUUGAGGGUCCUCGCCGCAGGCGCGUAGGUGUCCUCAUAAGAUGCCGGCUCGGCGGUGGCCGGCUUUUUCCCUCUCAAGAUGGCGUCCAUGCGGGAGAGCGACACGGGCCUGUGGCUGCACAACAAGCUGGGGGCCACGGACGAGCUGUGGGCGCCGCCCAGCAUCGCGUCCCUGCUCACGGCUGCGGUUAUCGACAACAUCCGCCUCUGUUUCCACGGCCUCUCAUCGGCCGUGAAGCUCAAGCUGCUGCUCGGGACGCUGCACCUCCCGCGCCGCACGGUGGACGAGAUGAAGGGUGCCCUCACAGAGAUCAUCCAGCUCGCCACGCUGGACUCGGACCCCUGGGUUCUCAUGGUGGCCGACAUUCUGAAGUCCUUUCCUGAUACCGGAUCUCUUAACCUUGAUCUUGAAGAGCAGAAUCCCAACGUUCAAGAUAUUUUAGGAGAACUUAGAGAAAAGGUGAACGAGUGUGAGGCGUCGGCCAUGCUCCCGCUGGAGUGCCAGUACUUGAAUAAAAACGCCCUGACGACCCUCGCUGGGCCCCUCACUCCCCCAGUGAAACAUUUUCAGUUGAAAAGGAAGCCGAAGAGUGCCACGCUGAGGGCCGAGCUCCUGCAGAAGUCCACCGAGACCGCCCAGCAGCUGAAGAGGAGCGCGGGGGUGCCCUUCCAUGCCAAGGGCCGGGGGCUGCUGCGGAAGAUGGACACCACGACCCCGCUCAAAGGCAUCCCAAAGCAGGCGCCCUUCCGAAGCCCCACCGCCCCCAGCGUCUUCAGCCCCGCGGGGAACCGCACUGCCAUCCCGCCGUCGAGGACGCCCCUGCGGAAGGAGAGGGGCGUGAAGCUCCUCGACAUCUCCGAGCUGGAUAUGGUUGGGGCCGGCCGGGAGGCCAAGAGGAGGAGGAAGACCCUGGACGCAGAGGCGGUGGAGAAGCCAGCCAAGGAAGAGACGGUCGUGGAGAACGCCACCCCCGACUACGCGGCCGGCCUGGUGUCCACACAGAAACUCGGGUCUCUGAACAACGAGCCUGCGCUGCCAUCCACGAGCUACCUGCCGGCUACGCCCAGCGUGGUCCCUGCCUCAUCCUACAUCCCCAGCUCCGAGGCCCCGCCAGCCCCGCCUGCCCGGGAAGCCAGCCUGCAGGCCAGCCGGCCCCCCGAGGAGCCCAGCGCCCCCAGCCCCGCGCUUCCGGCACAGUUCAAGCAGAGGGCGCCCCUGUACAACAGCGGCCUCAGCCCUGCAGCACCCACGCCCGCGGCGCCCACCUCGCCCCUGACGCCCACCACGCCCCCGGCCGUUGCCCCCGCCACCCAGACUCCUCCGGUGGCCAUGGUGGCCCCCCAGGCCCAGGCCCAGCCCCCCGCCCAGCAGCAGCCCAAGAAGAACCUGUCGCUCACGAGAGAGCAGAUGUUUGCCGCGCAGGAGAUGUUCAAGACGGCCAACAAGGUCACACGGCCCGAGAAGGCCCUCAUCCUGGGCUUCAUGGCUGGCUCCCGAGAGAACCCGUGCCAGGAGCAGGGCGACGUGAUCCAGAUCAAGCUGAGCGAGCACACGGAGGACCUGCCCAAGUCGGACGGCCAGGGCAGCACCACCAUGCUGGUGGACACGGUCUUCGAGAUGAACUACGCCACGGGCCAGUGGACGCGCUUCAAGAAGUACAAGCCCAUGGCCAACGCGUCCUAGCGCCGCCCCUGCCGGCCUGACUCGGGCUCCGGGGGCCG